AGACCAGCAACGUGACAACAUCCUCAAUUUAAGUCGCUCUCAAUGUCUUUCAUCACACGGGAAUACAAGUUCGAAACGAGCAUCAUGAUGCAAAAAAAAUCUGAUCAACAUGCAAUGGCAAUGCUUAGCCUGAAGAAACUUGUCAAACCACUGCUGCGGCUAAUGAAGAAGAAGAAGCUAAUUCACAAGACCCUGGCCGAGGUGCAGUCCCAGAACGAGAUAAACUCAUCGCUGGAGGACAUGCGUAGAGAUUCAGUGACCAGCUGUGACAAUACGGCAAACGAGCUGCUCGAACAGAGACUCUACAACGAUCUGCGCGAAUGCCCCAGCAAUGCCGCUAUUAUCGUCCAACAAGAUCAAACGCAUUGCAUUGUUCCCGUGCAUCCUGAUCAGACCUUCAUCCCGGUCCACUUUGCCCGUACGAGCAGUGGAACAUUCUUCUGGACUUCUCUAGAUGGGAAGUGCCAACAGCAGCAGCAACAUCAACAGGAGUACCAAAUGCGAACCAAGUACGAUCGCUGGGUUCAGGCCUGAAUCUAGUUCGAUUAGACAACAACGGGAAGUCAGCUUUAAAGCCAAGUCUAGGGUGAUGCUGGUCUUGGUACGGUCGCAAUUCUUAGGUGAUAUUAGCAUAGGGUUUUCCCCAUUUGUUUCAUAGAAGAACCAAUCUUCAAUCAAUAUGAAUACUUUUAAAUUAUUGUGAUUUCAUAGUAGCUUUCUUUCAUAGCUAUAAGAAAAUCAUUGUCUUCCAUGUUUGUUUAUUAGGUUA